GAUCCAUCUACCUGCUGAGAACAUGAUGAGAUAUCUACGAGAGGUAGAAUUUGUUCAUUUAGACAAUAGAACCAUUGCUUUCAAGGACAACGGAGAAGUGAAACACGCCAUGUACGGAGUGAAGAAUGCACAGCUGACAGAUAAUGUGUUGGUAUUUAACGAGGUAGGGACUUGGGUGGAUGGAAAACUGUCCUUAAGUAGCCCCAUAGAAAUGUACGAUAGAAAUGGAACUCGAACACCAAGCUACGUUACGUCUAGCUGCUCAGAUAGUUGCGAAUGUAAGAAUAAACAACUGGACAAUAGGUUCUCACGUCUUGACGGCGGUGAUGUUGUACUGGUGGGGAUAUUUGACGCUCACCUGGAAGGAGACGAAGUCAAGGAAUGCAGUGACAUUGUAGACAAGCUAGGAAUGCUAGGAGAGACUGAAGCAUUUUUCUAUGGACUAGACCUUGUCAACCAGGACCCCAGCGUUCUGCCUAACGUGACCCUAGGUGGCAUUGUUUUAGACAACUGUAACGUCAACGCUGAUAGGUUAUCAAGGCAGAUCACUAGUAUUUUACUGGAGGAAGUAAGCGUCGCUGGCGCCAAUGUAGACGCGGUCCCAAUGCUUGGUGCUGUUUCUGGUAUCUCCAGUACAGGUGCCAUGCACGUGCAAAGAUUCCUUGAGGUGUAUAAACUACCUCAGAUAAGUCACAGGUCGUCCAGUCCACUCCUGAGUGAUAAGGCAAGAUUCCCCCACUUUCUGAGAAUGAUAGCGUCCGAUGUUGCACAGGUAGAUGCUAUGAUAGACAUUAUGAAGGCUAUGAACUGGACUUAUGUCAUCACCGUGUUUUCUGAUAACGCUUAUGGUCGAGCUGGAAUGAGACAGUUUCUACGAAAAGCGGAGAAGGAAGGCCUUUGUGUAGCAACACAGAUUAUGAUUGAGAACUACUUUCCCUCAGACGAUGCAGUCAUGGAAAAUGUUGUUCAGUACAUGAUUGCUGGCGUUUUCCCAAAUGCUAAAGUUGUUGCCAUGUUUGUGACAGCCAGUCACGCCAGAGCAAUUUUACAGGCCAGAAAUCGUCUGCUUGGAAACACGUCAAACGAAAUCAUUUGGCUUGCCGCGGACGCGUGGGGACUAGCGGGACGUCCUGUGAGUGGCCUAGACUCUGUUGCCAGGGGAGCAAUAACCCUUGAUUUUCACUCCCAAACUUUGCCUGCUUUUGGACGCUAUCUGACAUCUCUUACGCCAGAAACUAACAAAAGAAAUAUUUGGUUUGAGGAAUUAUGGGAACAGCAUUUUGGAUGCUAUCUUAGAGACAGUAGUAAGUACUCCAAACGCUGUUCUGAAGACCUGUCCCUGAGUCACUCGGAUGUUGCCCCCUUUCAGUCCCAUGCCGCCAAUGUAGUAGACGGCGUGUAUGUGUAUGCAAGAAGUCUCCAAAACCUGAUAAAAGAUUUUUGUCCUGAGACACCCUUGGAGUUAUGCAGGAAGGCGAGGAACAACCUCGAUAAAGUGUACGAAUACAUAACGCGAUUGGAUUUCGAGGGAAGCGGCGGGACACGAGUGGCCUUCGAUAGACUGGGGGACGGCGUUCCACGGUAUGGCAUCUACAACUUUCAGAGGUUACACGACAAUAGCUAUGGGUACGUUAAGGUUGGUACAUGGACGGAAGGUGUUUUGAACUUAGAAAAACAGAAUCUUUAUUAUUACGCCAUUAACGACACUGCCACCAAAACUGCAGAAGCUGUCACUUCUUCGUGUCUGAACCCGCCGUGCAAGUGCUCCACCGAGGAAAUAAUGGAUAUGCCAUUCCAUGAGCAAUACCGCGACUUCACACUCCUGGGCUACUUCCCGCUGCACGCGUACCAGUCAUUUGAUGACACUUGCGGUGCUCUUCGACCCGAAAUGUACCAGCAACUUUUGGCGUUCUAUUUUGCCAUAGAUCAAAUCAACAAGAACUCCACCAUCCUCGGCGAUUCUGUUUUGGGUUUUAUGGUUUGGGAUACGUGUUCUAAUUCCAAACAUGGCGAAUUUGUGUUUGAAGCAUUUGAUUUGAACCUGCGCUUAUUCAACCAGCCCCCGGACCCGCCCAUUCUCACCAAUGUCAUGGCUAUGAUUGGAGGAUAUUUUGAUGACGUCACUGCCGCCAUCAGUAAAGCCAAUCAGAGAGGAUACCAUUUGGUUCAGAUUAGUCCUGGAGCUACAUCCCCCGUGUUCAAUAACAAAACCAACCACCCAAGGUUUUUAAGGACUGCCAGAACUAACACAGGGCAACUAGAGUUAUUGACAUCACUUGUGAAAGAAAUCAGAAGAAGUGUCAUUUCAAUUGUGUACUCUAAUGCAAGUGCGGACGAGGAGACCGUGGAAUCACUCAUAGCUCUACUGGAGGGUCAAGGUAUUUGCACAGUGGGCGUGAGAAAACUGCCAGAUUCAGAGGGUGAAUAUGACGGCGUAAUUAAGGAACUUUGCAGCGUCCACGGUUUGACGGCAGUUAUUAUCUUUGCCAGUGAAUCUGAGACUCUUCAGCUGCUUCUUGCCGGGAAGCGCCAGGGCUCUGCAGGAAAACUGAUGUGGAUAAGCGGGAACCCGUGGAGAGCGGGUGUGGUGGACGGAGUGGAGGAUGUCGUCCGAGGUAGUUUUACCUUGCAGCCGGACUAUCCUACAGAUUCGAGAUUCGACACAUUUUUGGAACGUUUGACGGCAGACAGUUUUCCCAAUGACCCGUGGUAUAGAGAGUUUUGGGAGGACCAUUUCGAGUGCGGUCUUGAGUUUGGCGGUAAAUACGAUGUGGUGUGUAGAGGAACGGAGUCUUUUAGUGAGAGACCACUGCCCCAGCACUUCUAUACCUCAAAUACCAUUAAUGCUGUGUACGCGUAUGCUUUAGGGGUGACAUAUCUUUACCUGAGAAAGUGCGGAAAAGUCAAUGUAUCUGGAUGUUUUGAUGAGGUUCCAGGCGAUGAUGGAAGUAUUGGAGAACUCCUUGAAGAGAUAAGCAAAGUCAGCUUCUCUGGAGCUGCUGGUCAGCCGUUCUCGUUUACAGAAGAGAACAACGGUCUGGAACGCUACAAGGUGUUAAACUACCAGGGAGAUGCUGGGUUUGUAGAGGUCGGUCACUGGAAGGACGGCAGGCUCUCGCUAGACCUACAGGCCAUCAAGCUGUACGAUGCCCAGGGUAACGUCAUGGAUUUGCCGUCACAGCGCCGCAUGUCUCUACCCUGCUUCUGGUACAAUAUGUUUAAUCUACCGUGGCAUAUCUACUGA